UGGUUUUGAACGGCGUCACGACUGAGGUGGCCAUCCAGCUCUCUGAUUGGCUGAGAGCCGUCAUCCGGGUACUGCGCUACAACUGGCUCAUUAGCUAAAGGUACCAAUAUGGCGGAGGCUUCCCUUGGGAGUUCAAGUCCAGUUGGCUCUUUAUCAUCAGAAGAUCAUGACUUUGACCCAACUGCAGAAAUGCUAGUCCACGAGUACGAUGACGAGAGGACUCUGGAGGAGGAAGAGUCUCUUGAAGGAGGGGGGAAUUUCAGGUCUGAGAUUGCAGAUCUGGAGAAGGAGGGUAAUAUGCCUUUGGAGGAGUUGUUGGCUAUCUACCGCUACGAGGCGUCAGCCGGGUCCAGUAUAGACAGUUCCUCUGGAGACCUCACGGAUGAGCUGCCUGACAUGACUUUGGACAAGGAGGAAAUUGCUAAAGACUUGUUGUCUGGCGAUUAUGAGGAGGAGACGCAGUCUUCAGCUGAUGAUCUCACCCCCUCCGUCACCUCCCACGAAACCACCGAUUUCUUCCCAAGGACACUUCGAUCCAAUGCAAUCUCUGAUGGGGAUAAAGAUUCCGAGUGCGAUGAUGAUGGCCCAAGUCCAGAAGACUCCAGAAAGGAAAUAAUGGUGGGAGCAGAGUACCAAGCUGAGGUUCCUUUCACCGUCUGCCACUACACACAAGGAGAGAAAGUGUAUGAAGAUGAAGACGAGUUGAUGUGGAGUCCAGGUGUGUUGCCAGAGAGCAAGGUCAGGAUUUUCCUGGCUGACGUGCUGUCUCGGACGACAGGGGAAAAGACUGGAUGUGACAAACUGGGCAUGCAUGUUCGAGACAAUGAGCAGGCUUUGUGUGAGCUUGUCAAGUGCAACUACAACACCCAUGAGGCACUUGAGCAAUACUGUAGCCACCUAAAGUCCUCGAAAGAAAAAUCCCCCCCAUGGUCUGAAGAGGAGUGCAAGAACUUUGAACAUGCACUGCAGAUGUAUGACAAGAACUUCCACCUCAUACAGAAACACAAAGUCACAACGCGGACAGUAGCAGAAUGUGUGGCGUUUUACUACAUGUGGAAAAAGUCUGAGCGCUUCGACUUCUUUGUGCAGCAGAAUCGAUUUGGGAAGAAAAAGUACAGCAGCUAUCCUGGUGUAACAGACCUGAUGGACAGGCUUGUGGAUGAAGCCGAGGGUCUGGCUGUGGACAGCUCGUCCUCUGUGUGCUCGGGAGGCGGCGGAGGAGGGAGGCUGGAAGCGACCACGGAACAGCAGCUCAGCCUGCUCAACUCCAUCACCGCCAGCGACCUCACAGCGCUGAGCAAUAGCGUAGCGACGGUGUGCAGCCCAGCAGAGGUCUUGGACUCGUACAGCUUCCCCCCCCUGGAGUCUCUCCACCGCGCCUCCCUCAACCACGACGAGCCGCUCGGCUUCCCCUCCAACGGCGCAGACCCCGACUGCCUCAACAUGCUUGAUGCCGGCUUCUACCACUCGGACCUGGGUCAGCUGGGCAGCGUGUGCGUCAGCAAGGACUGCGAGCGUCCCUCCAAGAGACUCAAGAUGGCGCUGCCGGACUCCUUUAUGGGCGACGUUUCCGUGGGCAACCUCGGCGUGGACUUUGAAGCCCGCCGGACAACGGCGCACCACCACCGGAUAACCGGCGCCAAAAUGGCAGUGUCGGUCACGGACUUCGGGAGCUUGGCGGCCGGCGGCGAGCCCAACGGCUUCUUGGGGGCGCACGCACGCCACCACACGCAGCACACUGCAGCACUUCAGUCAGAGUGAUCUUCCUCCUCAGCUCUUCCCUUUUUUGCUUGUACAUAGACUGACCUCACAUUAUAUAUACAGUAUAUAUGUACAUAAUAUACUUUUGGUUUCAUUUUUUGUGUACUAUGACAUCAGUGAUGUCUCUCAUAUAGAACUAAAAAUCUUGAUUUCUCUCAAGAGUUUAUAACAGCCAUUUUAUCGACAUGUUUGUGGUGGUGGUAACGUCCAUGUACAGUUACGGGGGGGGCCGCAGACGUGUUCUCUUCCUACUUUUCUUCUCUCUCAUCCUGCCAUUCUUCUCAGCUGCCAAAGUCAUCCUCGCUCUCGGUGCUCGUCGCUCUUACUUCAAGUGGUACUCUUUAUUUUAUUCAAGUGGUUUUGUUUACAGGUACUUGGCGCUAAAGCAGCCCGGCCGCAAGGCUGUUGUGUUGCUCCAUGUUCUAGUUGAUCUGCGUAACGUUAGAGUUAAUGGUUUUAUUCCCAACAUAAACACGACUGCAGUCCAUUUUUUGCAUCGCCAUGUUAACGAAACGACAGGAAGGAUUGUACAAUUGGGUUUCUCGACAUCGACACUAACGUCACGCAGAGUGCGUGAAAUUUGCGGACCUUUUUUGUUUUUGUUUAGUCAAUAUUGCUUCAUGUCGUGUCUCAAAUGUCGAGGUUGCCAUUUUUUAAAAAUGUGUUAUUUAUUUUUUAAUCUGGUCAUGUUACUCACUGAGCAGUGUUGAAAUGUUAUAACAUUUGGUUUAAGGCGUUGACAAUUUGCGGACUGUUUUUAAUUUUGCAGGGGGGUUCCCUGCUUUUAUUCAGUCUAUUCAAAAAAAAAAAAUGUAAUUUUUUUUAUUUUUUUUUUU